AUGUGGGCGGGUCUCGCCGCCAUUCCCGUUCUCUUUAUCGUUCGGGUGGUAGCCGUAGAUGAUUUCAUAGCUAGGAGGGUAUUCUUGAAAACGCCAGCAUCCUAUGUUAAUUUGUCUUCGGAAGCAUGGAAGGUGCAUGAAGGUGACACGGAAGUAACGCUUGCUGUUCGAUUCCAGCCAAACACCAAGGUUGGGCAAGUGUUCAGUCUGCGAGUGUUGGCACCUCAUGGAGUUAAAGUGGCAAAGCUGGUCGGCAGUCUUCAAAGUGGCUAUCUGCAAGUGGAUCUAUUCAAUACAAACAACACGAGUAUUUUGAACAAACCGUUCAGUACACAUUUUUUAGAACAAAAUGAAGAGCACAGUCUGGCUGUUCGUAUAAAUACAAAGGACAACACAUUAUCGUAUCGACUCGAGUCCACCAGUGAUCACGUCUGUGAGAUCACUGAAAAAAUCGAUAUGCAAGGAGCAGAACUCGUUCCGACAUUAGGCGGUGGAGGAAACUCGAUGAUCGGUUGCGUUACGCUAGUCACUGUACAGGUGGGGGCAGUGAGCCCUCCCUAUGAAGUCAUACCCAUCUCAUGGAAUGAAAUUGGAGAAUGUCGAAAUGAUGACGAUUGCGCGCAUAGAGAUUGCAAUAAGGGAACUUGUCUACAAUUAGAAGUGGCGACUUGUGACUGCUAUGGGACUCAGAAGACUGGCCCUAAUUGUCGAUAUCCUGCUCGUUCCGUUUUCAUCCUCAAUAAUGACGAUGAAAGCCAACCAAGUAAUAUACGUUAUACACCUUGGAGUGUAGAUCAGAUGAUCACUAGGAUCACCAUUGAUUUUAAGUUUGCCGAACUAGACAACAAACAAGGAGUACUGUUGCAUUCUGUGUUGGAUGAUGGAUCGGUAGUAAAACUCUACGUAGUGGAAAGAAAUGGAAAUUUGUUAUUUGGAAGCCUUGGACACGUAAAUUUUACGCUAGAUAGUACCGUUGAGUAUCAUUCAAUUUUUAUUGGUAUACACCGUGCAUCACGUUUUAUUGACCUGACUGUAGAUGGAAAGACACAGGUAAUUUUCUGAUA